AUUUUCCUCACACGAAUGCAUUUCUUGUCCCAACUAAUCAGUGCAUAUUGAGGCACUGUUCUAAAUAUAAUUUGAUAGUAUCAAAAUAUUUGACUAAAAUACACCGCAAGAAAAUGGUUCGUAUUUUGAAUUUAAACUGAUUGAUAACCCUGGUAACCCAGAUAUCGGUUCUGACUGUAUUCAGUAAUAAGAGGAUUAAGUUGAAUGAAAUAACAUGUUACUUAUGAAAACUGUAAUUUUGUUCCUGGCAUGCAUUGCCCUAUCGUCGUGCCAAGACGUGGAAAUUAAUAAUAAGUGCUCCUACUCUAUGAACAAAUCAAUUUUUGGAUGCCAGGAUUUGUCAGACAGUGUGAAAAAUAUUGACGGGUUUAUCACACCCCAAACCCGAAUGCUAAUGAUAAGAAACAGCAACGUACGAUUCGCCCCUUAUCACCACAAUCUGACAAAUUAUCAACAUCUCAUUAACUACAACAUUAUCGAUAAUAAUCAAGUACAAAUCGACGAAUUUGCCUUUUAUGGUAUGACUAAUUUAAAUUAUCUCCGAAUCACAGGAAACUACCUUCCUGUUUUGAAAAACGACACAUUUGUCGGACUUGACAAUUUAGUAUUUUUACUUUUACCGAAGAAUAAUAUUUCGUCGUGUGAACCAAAAUCAUUCGUUGGCUUGCAAAGUGUGACACAAAUUAACCUUGCUGAAAAUAAAAUUCAGACAAUUCAGAGUAAUUUGUUUAGUAAUCUUAACGAGUUGAAUCAUUUGUUUCUUGACCACAAUCAAAUUAAAAAAAUUGAGAUGCAUGCUUUUGCGGAUAUUCCAAAUCUGGAAGUAAUUGAUUUGAGUUUCAAUAAAUUGGAAAUUGUAAACACAGACGUGUUUAAUGCUGUGCACAAACUGAACACUUUACUUCUCCAUUUCAACAAUAUCAAAACUCUUGCGGGAAUUUUUCACUUAAAUAACUUAAAGUUCUUAAGGUUGGAUAACAACAAUUUGGACGAAAUUGAAGGAAACACUUUUGCAAACUUGGAAAAUAUUUAUACCAUUGACUUGUCACAUAAUAAUUUGUCCACUAUAACGAGCCAACCGUUUGUCCAUUUAAAAUCGCUUAAACACUUGCAUUUGGGCGGAAACAAUGCCAAUGCUUCAUUUUUUGAGCGCCUUAAAGAAACGGUCUCUGUUGUAACAUAAUCUGUAUCUGAUCUUUGAAUAAAUAAAUGUUAUUAAGAA